AUGAAAUCUGCAAAAGCAAAAAAUGGAAUCUCAGACAUGUUCAAACACAAACACAAGGCAUUUUAUACUGGUCUCCAGCAAAGCUGGUGUACAUCCCAGUCCCGCAAGCUUGUUAGAUCUUCCUCCCAACUCGAUCGCCAGCAGCACCGCCACGAGAACUCGAUCACCACCAACAAGAGAAGCCUCGCUCGAGAUCGACGUCCCCUCUCAGAUCUUCCUCCCAACUCGAUCGCCAGCAGCACCGCCACGAGAACUCGAUCGCCACCAACAAGAGAAGCCUCGCUCGAGAUCGACGUCCCCUCUCAGAUCUUCCUCCCAACUCGAUCGCCAGCAGCACUGCCACGAGAUCGACGUCCGGCGCUCGUGACCCCACACCGAGCAGCGCACAGAGCCUUCUCCGUCGCUCGUGACCCCAGACCGAGCGAAACGAAACACCGCCUCCUCCAUUUCCCUCUCAGAGGUGAUAUAAUGGCAAGAAAGAGUUUUUAUGUUGUAAAGAGAGGUCGACGUUGUGGUAUUUUUUAUAAUUGGGAGGAAUGCUUUUCUCAAGUUGAUAGAUUCCCAAAUGCCUCCUACAAAGGGUAUGCAACGUAUGAAGAGGCUUUGAGUGAAUGGGAGAAGCACUUAAGCGCGCGUGAUUCAUCAUCCAGCUCAAGCCAUGUGCAGCCACAUGUUUGUGUUCAAGAACAAAUGAUUCCAGAGGGGCAUAAUUUUCUUGAGGACAAGGGAACACCUAGGGAAACUGCUAUUAAGUACAUCUUUGCUUUUGUAUUAGGUUCAGUGUUUACAAUUUUAAUAUUUCUAGUAUGUAUUGUUGCAGUGUUUGUUGGUUUCUAUUGGGGGAAAUAUGUGAUGUGA